AUGAUCUUGUUGAAUUUUCUAGCUUCUCUUCUGCUCGGUCUGGCAUUGGUCCCUGCAGGGCUCGCCACCACAGGAGGGGCUGAGCCGUCGAGUGUGCUGACCCCGACGCCUGCCGCGGAAACCAGUGCAGCAGAGGAACCGUGUCAAUUUUCUGACCUUCAGCAACUCGUCGACCACUUGAACAUCUUCCCUACUCAAGCCGGUGAAGAAUUUUACCGAGAUGGAGACGAUGGGAAUACUUGGGUGUAUAACUAUUCGGCUAAGAACUCAAAUCCACAACGAGACAGAAUCAACUUCCUCGUCCAGGAAUGCAACAGCAUCUGCGUCCUUGUCUACGGCACUGGGAACCCAGAUCUUUCGGGCAUCGGCGCUAUGGUAUCCUACGUCCUUCAGGGAGUUGUAACAGGGGCGCUGGGCCCGGCCCUCGUGCUCGGGACUCUCCUGAAAUCGAACCAGCAAUGGCCAUUCUACGAGGUUCAUGAAAGGCGUUCUAGAGUACCCGCAAUUGUCCGCGAACUCGCAAUCCACAGUCUAAAGGUCAAUUUCAUCAAUGCGAUGGCUGUAAAUUUUACCAUCGCAGCACGACGAACUGCGGAAGCCCCAAUUUUCGAGGCUAGCUUUGGUGGCGCCUUGGCGAUGUAUCAGGUCUGGAUCUGCCUCGUCAGUCUUGUAUCAUGGCAUACCUACUUCAAGGUCAGCUCUUCAUCUCCAUUGGCGGGCCGUAAGUUCUUCCACGCAAUAUGGUUUAUCGUCAUCCUUGUGUGCUUCCUAGUCCCAUUCUAUCCAAAGGACGACGGGCCCUCAUGGUUACGAGACGAUGUUGCCGCGCAAUGCGAGAUUCAGAGGGCAUUCCCCCGUCCCGAGAGCUUCAAGGCGCAGGAGGUCCUGGUUCUAGGCAUCUUGGCGGCUAUAGCCCUUUUUAUUUUUAUCCUUUACGCUUUUUUUGGGGCUUUGGAAGGAAUUAGCUAUAUUGCUAGGAGUAUAUUUGACCCUCAAAGGCUCGUGGCGUUAGCCUAUGCGGCCUACCUCACUGCCGCACUUUCUUAUGCCAUGAUCACAUUGUUGCGUUCCAUGUUCCGUACCAGAGCGCAAGCCAAAACGUUCAGCAACGAUGCGUACGAAGAUGAUAAUUGGGGAUUUGGCCAGGUUAUGGCCGUGGUUUUGUGGCUGGGGUUUCUCAGUGAUGCAAUCUGUAUCAUCAGAGAUGCGGUGAUAUCCAUACCCUCGAAACGCCCUCAGCCCCAGAAACGGACGUCUAAAGCAGCAGGAAACGGCAGUCGGAGUGUGACACCCGUACAGCAAGCCCCAGGAGGGUCAACAGAAGUCAUUAGCCAGCUCCACCUCCGCGGCUGGGACCGCAUCACCGAAGAGUUCCCUCAAGACCUUGGGCAGGAAAUUGACCAGGCAUUCGAGAACGUGGAACAUACCCUGAGAAAAGCCGGCGGAAAGGGCUGGGAGCAGGUCUACAAAGUUCGAGCCUACUUUGCGCCCGCCACGCCAGAGGCUUUCGAGCACUCGAUCCGAAAUCUACGGAAGUACUGUCCCAACCACCAGCCUCUAUUAACAGCGGUGGAGGUGAAGUGGCUAUACAACAACAUGAGGAUUGAGAUUGAGGUUGCCGCGCAUCUUGGAUAG